AUAGGUCUGGUUGAUGCUGUUGUGCAGCCACUUGGAGAUGGGCUCGAACCAGCAGCUGCAAACACUCAUAGAUAUCUGGAAGAAGUUGCAGUGGAAACAGCUCGGAAACUAGCUAAAGGUUCAUUAAAAGUGAACAGAGAGAAGCCUAUGAUGGAGAUGAUUAUGCAGAAGGUGAUGUCCACCUCGAUUGUGCUUGACAGAGUAGUGUUGAAAAAGGCCAGGGAUCAGGCGGUACGUGCCGGUUUGGUUGAAGGACCUACUGAAGGGUAUAAAACCGAAUCAGAGAGCUUCGGCGAGCUAAUCCAGUCGUAUCAGUCCAAAGCAUUGGUAGGACUUUUCACAGGAUCGACUGAAUGCAAGAAAAACAAAUAUGGGAAAGGCUUACCAGUCAAAGAAGUCGCUGUAGUGGGUGCAGGAUUAAUGGGAGCAGGAAUAGCUAAUGUUACCAUUGAUAAAGGACUGAAAUGUGUGUUACUGGAUAUGAAUGAAAAGGGACUGGAACGAGGUGAGAAUCAAAUUGCCAAUCAUCUUGAUGGUCAAGUAAAACGAAAGAAGAUUAACAAACUAGAGAAAGAAAAGAUAAUUGCCAAUCUCGUUGUGACUUGUGAUUAUAAUGCUAUGAAGAACGCAGAUAUAGUGAUCGAAGCUGUAUUCGAGGAUUUGGAACUGAAACACAAAGUCAUAAAGCAAGUUGAAGGAAUUGUUGGAAAGGAUACAAUCAUCGCAUCCAACACGUCGGCGCUACCUAUCAAGGAUAUCGCGAAAGCUUCAUCACAUCCAGAUAAAGUACUAUUUCUUCCUUUUUUUGGAUAGUU